AUGGGUGUUUCUCCAAAAUGGCUUUGCGUGAUUCUUUUCUUGAGUGUUGUCUUCCAUAUGAGUGCAAUUGCACUUGGAGAUGACAAGGUUGAUAAAACUAGAUUUAGGGAUGAUGGCUGCCGAUUUGGAGGCCGACGAGGCUGUGGUGGUGGUCGUGGUGGUGGAGGAGGGGGAGGGUUUGGUGGUGGUGGAGGUGUUGGUGGUGGUUCAGGAAAAGGCGGGGGAUUUGGAGCUGGGGGUGGUGUUGGUGGUGGGGCUGGAGGGGGUGUUGGUGGAGGUGGUGGCUUUGGUGGUGGGGGAGGAGGUGGUGUUGGGGGCGGGUCAGGUCAUGGUGGGGGCUUCGGAGCUGGUGGAGGCGUAGGAGGUGGUGCAGGAGGAGGUGUGGGUGGUGGUGGAGGCGGGGGAGGAGGAGGAGGUGGAGGUGGUGGUGUUGGCGGUGGUUCAGGUCAUGGUGGAGGUUUCGGAGCUGGUGGAGGAGUAGGAGGUGGUGCAGGAGGAGGUGUAGGCGGUGGUGGUGGUGGUGGUGGAGGCGGAGGAGGAGGUGGAGCUGGUGGUGCUGGGGGUGGUUCAGGUCAUGGUGGAGGUUUUGGAGCUGGAGGUGGUGUUGGUGUUGGUGGUGGCGCUGGAGGUGCUGGUGGAGGCGGUGGCGGAGGAGGUGGUGGUGGUGGUGGUGCAGGCGGAGGAUCAGGCCAUGGUGGUGGCUUUGGUGCAGGAGGCGGUGUAGGAAGUGGUGCUGGUGGAGGUGUUGGAGGGGGAGGAGGUUUUGGAGGAGGCAGCGGCGGUGGUGUAGGUGGAGGAUCAGGCCAUGGUGGUGGAUUCGGCGCUGGUGGAGGUGCUAGUGGUGGAGCCGGUGGAGGUGUAGGGGGUGGUCAUGGAGUUGGAGGCGGCGGAGGAAUUGGAAUUGGAAUUGGAAUUGGGGUUGGAGUGGGAACUGGAACUGGAGCUGGAGCUGGCCGUGGCUCUGGAAGUGGUGGUGGUGGGGGAAAGUGA